AUGGCACCGAGAGCCACAUCCAGUCUUUUCCUUCAACAGCUCCAGGGCCGGUGCCUCCACCGCCUCCCUGGGCAGCCCCUGGCCAUCUCUAUCCACCCUAAGGGCAGAAUUAGCAACCGCUGUCCCCGCAGUCUCCCGGCUGAAGGGCGGCUGCUGUGUGAUGGCAGCGUUCUGUCCGGCGUGGUUCUACAUCCCUGCUCGUCGGGAAACCACACAUCUCUUCAAGGGGCACAGGUGGCGUUUUGGGGCUGGAUGAAAACAGCCCCGGCCCCCGUCCUUGAGCCCCUGGAGCUGUGGAGCUGUGGCCGCCGGGAGCUGCCCCGCUCCUCCCCCGGGCUGUGGGGCUCGGCGGGGCGGGGGAUCCCCGUCCCGGGCCGUGAGGGCAGCGCCGACGCCUUCGCCCCUCAAGGCGCUGGGAGAGGGCGGCGAGGACACCGCCCGCUGUCCCUGGGCCCCGCUCCCCGCCCCGCCCCGGGCGCGCAGGUGUCGCUCGGGGUGGGAUGUCCGCGGUGCCAUGGCGGGGGCUGCGAGGGACACCCCGGCGGGCGAGCAGGAGGUAGGGGCUGCGAGGGGCAGGGCGGCCGUCGGGGGGCUUGGGGAGCCCCUCGGACACAGCCCUGGGCGAGAGCGGGGUCCCGCCCCGCCGGCGUUCCGCUUCCAUCGCGGGCGGGUCGCGGGCACUCGGCGGGACCGGGGCAGCCCGGACGCUCUGAGGCCGCCCGGGUCUGUGCGGGGCUUCGUGCGCGGCCCCAGCCAGGGCCUGGAAUAGCUCCUGGACCCUUCCCGCCGCCCCUGCGCCCGCCGGGCAGCGCCGCGACCCCGGCGCUUUCCCUGGAAUGCCCCGCACGGGAUUCGCUCGCUGGCCGCUGCGGUGCCAGAGAAAAGCGCCUUCUCUUCCCACCUCUGUCCCAUCCAGGGCUGCCUCCCGGACAGAGACAGGUGGGAUGCGGGAGGCAGGUGGGUUCGCUGCCCCAGAGCCUCAGAAACUCCCGAUUUUCAGGGGUGUAUUGGCAUGUGAGCGAGGGGAUCCCACGCUGCCCGCCCAGACUCGCUGCUCGCCGCGGGAGGAGCGGCAGGCAGGGCCACAGGCUCUCGACGUGCAGCAAGAUCUGCUACGCCAUAGGAGGGGCCCCAAACCAAGUGGCAGGGAGUGCUGCUUCCUUCUUCCUGCAGAUCUACCUGCUGGACAUAGCCCAUAUUACUCCAUUUCAUGCCUCUUUGGUGCUGUUCAUUGGCAAAGCCUCAGGUGCAGUUACUGAUCCUGUUGCUGGCUUUUUUAUUAGCAAAAGUAGAUGGACAAAAAUUGGCCGGCUCAUGCCUUGGGUGCUGGCAUGUACACCCUUCACAAUAAUCUCCUAUUUUUUAAUGUGGUACCUACCUCCAUUUGUCUCAGGAAGAGUUGCUUGGUACCUGACUUUCCACUGCCUUUUUCAAGCACUGACCACAUUAUUCCAAGUACCAUACUCUGCCCUCACCAUGUUUCUCAGCACGGACCAGAAGGACAGAGAUUCUGCAACAGCAUAUAGAAUGACCAUGGAAGUGCUUGGGACCUUGAUUGGAGCUUCACUUCAGGGGCAGAUUGUGGCCAGUGCUCAUGUCUCUCCCCACUGCACUGUGAAUCCCUCAGUAAACACCACUGACUCCUGGCAUGACACUCCCAGCAUUCUAGACCCCUCAGAUCUUCUGUCUCAUCAAGCAAAAGUUUACAUGAUUGCAGCAGGGGUCAUAGCAGGUGUGUAUCUCCUUGGAAUUGUCGUUCUUUUUCUUGGAGUAAAGGAAAGGGAUGAUCCUUAUGCCUUAAAUUCAGACAGAGCAAUUCCUUUUUGUAAGGGGCUUGCACUCACCAUGAAGCACGGUCCAUAUGUGAAGCUUACAGCUUCAUUUCUUCUCAUCUCGACAGCAGUUCAGCUGGAGCAGGGAAACUUUGUCCUGUUCUGCACUCACGCUGCCGGCCUCCGCAAUCACUUCCAGUAUUUGGUGGUGACCAUCUUGGUAUCAGCAGUGGUGAGCGUUCCCUUCUGGCAGAAGUUUCUGCAGAGAUUUGGCAAGAAGUGUGCAGCAUGUGGGAUUUCGUGGAUGAUUCCUUUUGCAGUCAUGCUAGUGACCAUUCCAAACCUGAUCCUGGCUUACUUCGUGGCCUUCGUGUCUGGUCUGAGCAUUGCAGCAUCUCUUCUGUUGCCAUGGUCAAUGCUGCCUGAUGUUGUUGAUAACUUUCGCCUGCAGAAUCCCCAUGGGAAAGGACAUGAAACCAUUUUCUAUUCUUCUUAUGUUUUUUUUACCAAGAUGUCAGCAGGAAUUGGCUUAGGAAUUUCUGCAGCAGGACUGGAGUUUACUGGGUACAAGCCAGGGAUAUGCAGACAGUCAGAUGAUGUGAUCCUCACACUGAAACUCCUCAUUGGAGCAGUCCCUGCCAUCCUCAUCCUUUUAGGUUUGCUCAUACUCCUUUUCUACCCCAUCACUGAAGAAAGUCGGAAAGAAACAAAGCUUGCCCUUGAAGAGUUAAGGAGGAGCCACCAAAGCACGGAGAACUUGGACAGCCAUGAAAAGGACACCUCUGUCUGAAAGCUCUGAAUGCAGUGGCUUUCCAAACACAGACUCACAUCCCACCAACAAUUCUGUGAGAGUUUUCUAGGUCAUUUCUCUGCUCACAUUUUACCAAAAAGGACAAAGGAUGAUUCUGACAUAGCCAGUAAUAAAAUGAAGAGAGGGCACCAUUGUGCAAAUAUACACCUAACCCCAUGCACUGUGCUAAAAAAGACAUUACACGUGUUCAGAAAUGCAAGCUAUUGAAGGCUUGGGUAUUUUGAUUGGUUUUUUUCAAUGAUUAAUGGGAAGCUGUGAUCUUGUUCAUGGGAGAUUUUAUGCAUUUGUAACUUAAGAGGAAGAAAAAAAAACAGAGAAUCUUUGAAGGUUCUGAAUUGGAAAAUACCCUCUGAAGGGUCAUUGAGUCCAAUUCAUGAUGCACCAUACAAAUAUUAACUCACAAUAUACUCACGUCACCCUUGGGGGCUGGGGUGGAUUUUGAGCACAAUUUCUACCUGUAACUUGCACACUCUUGUGUUUGGAAAGCACUUGGGAACUUGAAGUAUACUAUAUGAAGUUAGGAUUUAUUUUGUUUUGAAAUUAAGCAAAUCACUCAUGCAGACCUAUUUUGCGGAUUUUUUUUUUUAUAUUCUUGAAAGAGAUUUUGAGGUAAAAAAGUUAAUAGAUGCUAUAAGAAAUAGAACCCUGAAUUUCCUGUUACUGAUGUUUCUUGCUUCUGAAACCUGUAAACUGAUCUUUGUCAGAGAAUGAGAACUUUGCGUUUUCAAAAUCAACAUCUCCCCUGAGGAUAUGAAAAAUCAGAAGUCCAUUCCAAAAAUUAUGUAAUUCAAUUUUCUUUAAAUUUUGGUCUUCAACUAACCACCAUACCCAUUUCUCACAUGGUGUAGGCUCUCUGCCUCACAAAAAAAACAUGGCAUGGGUAUUAAUCUCAGCUUGCACCUAUUUUGUAAUAAUGAGGCUCCACCGGUCUUUUAAAUGGUGAUUUUUUUUUCAGUCAUGGAUGUUAUCAUGCUUUAGAUACAUCAACUCAUUUCUACUACAGAUUUGUACUUUUGAGCACACUUUUAAAUUAAAGACACACCUAAUCUCAGGCACCUUCUGGAGCACUGAAGUUCAGACCCGUUCAUUUUUGGUUUCUGUGGUGGUUCCAGAGACUGGCUCCAAGCUAAAAUGGUGGGACUCUGAAGACAUAUCUAAAUCUGGAAGGGAGAGUGAGGAAUUCAAGAGUUUAGUUCACCUUGAAGAAAUUAGCAAUGCAAGACAAGACAUGAAUUUCAUCCCACUGCCUUCCCUGUGUGACUCUGUGAGUGCCUUUUUGCUGUACCAGAAGUGCCUUUGGAGGACGGGCUUGCUGCUGUUCAGGAACACCUGCAGCAAGGGGCCACCUGAGAUUUGCUCAGGGCCAUCUGGGAGUGGCUCACAGUGCUGGGCUGGAAAAUUGGGAAAGAUUUUGCUGAAGGACACUGGGAUGUGAAAUCACGGAGCGUGCAACCACGGAGCAUCUCGUGUUUGAUACUGAAGCCUUGUCAGGCAAAUUUGAAGUCAAAGGCCUUAUGAACUGUCCUCAAAAUGUUUAAUUAUGAGGGAGCUUCUAAGGGUAUGUUUUGAGUGUGUGUGGGUAUGAGUUAACUUCAUUUAAGAUUUCUGUUGACUUGCCAUGUAAAGCUGGGGGUUUUUGUUUUCUUCCUUGUUUCAGCUUUUGGACAAACCAAGAUAUGUAUGCCUGGGGCAUAUGUGUUUACAACAAUAAAAACCAUAAGCCUGU